CUAUGCUUUAAUAAUGUUAUAUAUAAUGAUUGGUAUUCAUAAUCAGGUAGAGUUUAAACAAGUUUGACAGCACUGGAUCUAGAAAAAAACAUUCAUAAGGUUUUGAUGUGUACAAAUUAAAAACAUGCUGAGGAAAAUUUGCAAAGUUAAUUUAAUUCAAAAUAAUCUGAUAAAUUCACAAUAUGUUAUUUUUCGACAUUUAUCAGCAAAAGCGGAGCUGAAUGAAGCAGCUGAAAGUCAAGAGAAGAAGAAGACAAAGAAGCCUAAGAAAGCUUUAACUGAUAUGCGGUUUAAAUAUCCCGAAUUUUUGCCACAGCCUGAUAAUCGUUUGAGAAAUCCAGUUCUUGAAAGAAUUAUGCGAAAGGAUAUGCUUGAUCGUCGAACUCAAAUUAAUAUUCCAGAGUUCUAUGUUGGAUCAAUUUUAAAACUGACCAUUUCAGAUCCACAUUCUCAAGGAAAAACUAAUAGUUUUGUCGGAAUUUGCAUUCAACGUGACAGAACUGGAUUGUACAGUAAAUUUGCUCUUAGAAAUGUUAUAGAUCAUCAAGGUAUUGAAGUUAUGUAUGAUUUAUAUGAUCCAGCUAUUCUGAAAAUAGAAGUUCUUAAAUUAGAAAAGCGAUUAGACGACAAAUUGAUUUAUCUUAAAGAUGCAUUACCAGAAUAUAGUACAAUUGACGUCAAUAUGGAACCAGAAAUUUUAGCUGAAGGAGGAAAUAUUCCAGUUAAUGACACAGUCGUCAAAAUGAAGCCCUUCCCAUGGAUGCAAAAAUGGGAGCGUCAAGGAUUAAAAGGUGUCGAAGAUUUAGACAAGCAUCUUAAUUUAUGGAGAAAGCAACAGAAAGUCAAGCAUGAUUCACCUUGGGACAAAUACGAUUUGAUGAAGGAAUAUCGCAAAACAAUAACUGAAGAGGAACAGAGUGAAAUAUUCUCAGAAAUCUUUAAUCGUAUUAAUAAAAUUAAUGAACAACAUAAGCAGAAAGCAAAAGCAGCACGACGAACGAUUAGUAAACCUCAGAAUAUUGGAUAAAGCAAACUCUUUGUGUUAUAUAUUUGUAGAAAGUAAUAAAAUAACUGAAAUAAUCAAUAUAAUCAAUGCUUGUUUAUUUUGGUUCCGACUCCAUACUUUGUAGGACAUCUUAUAGGUG